AUGAACAUCCCCAACGCAUCGACCGCACCAGCUGCGGGAGAAUAUGCUGGAGAUGAGGUCUCCGCGAUCGUUCUGGACCCCGGAUACUCGACCGUACGCGCUGGAUUCGCUGGCGAGGAUGUGCCCAAAUCCGUCUGCCCUUCCUUCUACGGCCAGACUUCCUCCGGCGAAUACCUCUUUGGCGAGAAUGCGAUACAUGCACCGAUCGGCGGCCUAGAUAUCAAGAAUUACUGGGGCUCGGAUGGCAUAGUAGAGGACUGGGAUACCGCGACCAAGCUGUGGGAGUAUGCGAUUACGAGUCGACUCACCGGCGCAAAAGCGACCGACCCUACGAAAAACGGCCUGAACGACGGAAACGGCGAGAACGAAAACGGGGAGGGUAUGGACGUGGAUAUGGACGCGUUAGAGAACAACGAGAAGCCUCUGGAAGACAGCCCGCUGCUCGUCACAGAACCAGGCUGGAACAGCGCAAAAGCACGGGAAAAGUACAUUGAGAUUGCCAUGGAGGACUGGGGCACGCCAGCUUUCUUCCUACAAAAGACAGGUGUAUUGGCUGCUUUUGCAUCGGGAAAAGCGUCAGGUAUCAUCAUUGACGUUGGCGCGUCGCAUACGUCGGUCACUCCUGUACUCGAUGGCAUGGUGCUGCGAAAGGGCGUACAGAAAUCGCCUUUAGCAGGAAACUUCGUCUCUGACCAGAUACGAACGUCGUUCAAGCAAGCCCAGCCCGAAGUACCACUGACCCCACACUACAUGGUCAAGAGCAAAACGCCCGUCGACGCCGGCCAACCCGCCCAAGCAACCUACAAGACCUUCGAGACGCCACCCACCGACUCGUUCCGUCUGAACGAAGAAGAGCGCAUUCUCACAUCCUUCAAGGAGUCGGUUGUAGAAGUCUGGCCCGGCCCCGGUCGCUUCAGCACGAACGAAGAACUCGCAAAGAGCAUGCCUGGUCGACCCUUUGAGAUGCCCGACGGCUGGAACCAAGUCUUUGGAAUCGAGAGGUUCCGUGCUGCUGAAGGCCUCUUUGACCAUAGCGCCGCGCUCGCUAGCGAAACCAUGCCCGCGCCGAAGCCCGAGCAGACGAUCCCAAGACUUGUCCAAGCCGCAGUCCAACAAGUGGACGCAGACCAGCGCCCUCUUCUCCUGUCCAACAUUGUCGUGACGGGUGGCUCAACACUCCUUUACAAAUUCAACGAACGCCUCAACUACGAAAUCAAUGCCAUCUACCCCAGCACCAGGAACAAGCUCAUUGCACCGGGUAGUGUGGUGGAGAGGAAGUACGCAGCCUGGAUCGGCGGCAGUAUACUGGCUAGUCUGGGAAGCUUCCACCAGCUGUGGAUUUCAAGGAAGGAGUACGAGGAGCAUGGUGCUGGUAUUGUCGAGAAGAGGUGUCGUUAA